AUGACAGUUGGCAAGAAUACAUGCCUUAUGAAAGGUGGCAAAAAGGGAGACAAGAAGAAAGUGGUUGAUCCAUUCUCUAAGAAAGAUUAAUAUAUUACUCAUAGAAAUGAUGUGAAAGCACUGUCCAUGUUCAAUAUAAAAAAUACUGGGAAAACACUAAUCACCAGGACUCAAGGAACCAAAAUUGCAUCUGAUAGCCUCAAGGGUCAGGUGUUUGAUAUGAGCCUUGACAAUCCACAGAGUGAUGAAGUUGCGUUUAGAAAAUAAGGCAAGGAGUGCCUGACCUACUUCCAUGGCAUGGAUCUCCCCCAAGACAAAAUGUGCUCCAUGGGCAAAAAGUGGCAGACCAUGACUAAAGCUCAUGUUGACAUCAAGACUGCGAUGGUUAUUUGUUUGCUUCAUCUAUUCUGUGUUGGUUUUGCUAAAAAUACAAACAAAAACCAAUACAACAAUCAGAUGUGCAAGACCUCCUAUGCUCAGGAUCAACAGGACCAAAUCUGGAAGAAGAUGAUGGAAAUUAUGACCUGAGAAGUGCAGACAAAUGAUUUGAAAGAAAUUGUUAAUAAAUUGAUUCCCGACACCACUGGGAAAGACCUAGAAAAAGUUUGCCAGUCUCUUUAUCCUUUUCAUGAAUUUUUUUUGGGGGGGGCAAAAGUGCUGAAGAAGCCCACAUUUGAACUGGGAAAAUUCCUGGAGCUUCGUGGUGAAGGUGAUAGUUGUGGAAAAGCUGCUGGGGACAGGACCAGUGCAGGAGUCGAAUGAGUUAAUAGAUACGAACCAACAGACCAAGAAUCUAAUCUAAAAAUUGAUGUCUUAACAUUUAUAGAAAGCAAACUGCAAGUGUCUGCUAUGGAAUCCUUACAAGUAAUAUUUAGAGUUCCAGAUGAUAAGAAGAAGGCAUUGCCUAUUCUAGGGGCAGUUUGCCUUCAACACCAGAUGUUUAUCUGUAAAUCUUCUGUCUUGGAACCCAAGAUGAGCAUAAAGUCAACUGCAAACAGAAUAGCUCAGAUCAAAGGUUACAGAUACAAAGUUAGGGAACUUUUAGGACUCUUUUUGGUUGCUGGAGUCCUAGACACCCCACAUGCCCUCAUGCUAAGGGUUUAUCAUGACAUUGAAACUGGAGUUUUUAGACCCCACGCCCCACAGUCCAGGAGUUGCAAGUUAGGUCUGGCCAUUAGCAAAGACACAUAUGCAAAGACACAUGUAAAGAACUGUACCUUAGGGUGCAAUUCUGAACCAUUAGAUGAAGAACUGGAGGGUUCUGCAAAUCAGAGGUUUGGAGAAAUUGUUCACCCACGUUCAACAUUCAACCUUCACUUCUGCAUCAACACUACUUACAAAAUCCUUUUAGUGUCUGGCUGCGACAAUGACUCUAACCACCAGGCUUCCCUCCCCAGACCUUGCAGUCCGGGGGUGUCCAGUGUGUGUCCAGCCUGGCGUAACAGAUUCCUCUCCCGGCCGAGGGGCUUGGACGGCUCUCAGUGCAACCACGCUGCUCCUUCCGUCGGUCACGCCGUUUCCUCCGCUGGGAAGGGCUCCUUUCCUCUCCCGGCCCACUUCAAGGCUCAACGAACUCCCACACAGCCCGUACGCCCUCGCUUCCCGCACCCGCGCCACCCUACCCUGUCCCCGGCCCUGGGAAUGAACCUGGUGGCCGAGCCUGGUAGCGCGCAUCCGUUCCCCGGGCCGCCGACCCGCCCGCUCCGCACCCGCGGUCACCUGGCUGGGCGGGGGGGAGGGAGUGCGCCCGGGAAGCCUCCACACUCCCCAGAAUGGAGCAGCCGCCCACUUCAGCCCGGGGUCCCGAGCGCGCGGGGUCCUGGCGGAGAAGAGCGUGAUUUCUCCGGCCUUCUCCGCUUCCACUUACGGGGCGGGAAACUGAGGCCCAGGGUCAAGAGCAACUCCCCCGGGGUUGCGGGGGGGGGAGGGGGGUGCGGGGAAGGGCUGUCCCCGAAGGACUCGCGUGGUUCUGAGUGUCCAAUUCUGGUUCCGUCCUUUGACCACGCGCCGCCGUCCGCGCUCGGGGAGGAGCCGCGCGGGGAGCGGGUCUCGGGACGAGCGCACCGCCCGGGCACGCGCAGCGAGCGAGUCUCCGCCAACUCGCCUCCAAAGUUGUCUCCCAGCCUGCCCCCGCCGCUCACCUCCCCAACACACCUUCCCGCGGGCGCGGGCCGCGCGCACCACAUCCGGUCCACCUGGCGCACACCCCUCCCCACGCCCGCUCGCGGAGGCGAGGAGCGCCGGGUACCGGGCCGGGGGAGCCGCGGGCUCUCGGGGAAGAGACCGAUGAUGAACAAGCUUUACAUCGGGAACCUGAGCCCCGCCGUCACCGCCGACGACCUCCGGCAGCUCUUCGGGGACAGGAAGCUGCCCCUGGCGGGACAGGUCCUGCUCAAGUCUGGCUACGCCUUCGUGGACUACCCCGACCAGAACUGGGCCAUCCGCGCCAUCGAGACCCUCUCGGGUAAAGUGGAAUUGCAUGGGAAAAUCAUGGAAGUUGAUUACUCAGUCUCUAAAAAGCUAAGCUGUUGUGAAUUCUUCGAUGGUUACAAUUAG